AGGAAGACGGACAGUCAGGCGGAGUUACUGCUUAACUAAACAGCUAAAUUGUUAAUAUGCCUGUGUGCUAGGUUAAGUCCCAAGGUUUUCUAACGACGUCGGGGAUAUUAUCGCGGCUCGUUUCGGAGUGUUUUGGAGGUGUUUGAACUUCCCUCACAUUCUCCCCAACGUAUUUUCACGAAGGGAGGCGGCGGUGGAGCGCUCGGCAGCCAUCUUUGGACCUGCCUGGGAGUGGGAUUCGACUGUUCUGGCACCCUAGUUACUUCGAGGGUGGGGAUUUUAACCUAUAAUAAUUCACAAAUCUGUACGUUAUAAUCGACUGACAGCGUUAGGAACCACAAGGAUUUAGCGUACGAAUUUACCGCACCGGGGAUGAAACAGGAAGAAUACUUUUAUAAUCCCAAACUGUUUUGAAAUACACGACAUUCUCUACAGUGCUGAAACCUGGCCUGUCAGGAGAGGCUCUGAACACAUAUGAGACCACUGACCUGCAGAUGAGCCAUAGGUGGGGGCUUCCAAGUCGCUGUCGCAGACCCAGAUAGUUCCUGGCGGCAGCGGCAUUGCCCCCCCACUCCCCAUUAUGCCCAACAGCAGUCGGGCGGGGAGCCUGAAGGACCCCGAAAUUGCCGAUCUCUUCUUCAAGGAGGAUCCAGAAAAGCUCUUUGCAGAUCUGCGUGAGAUCGGACAUGGCAGCUUUGGUGCUGUGUAUUUUGCACGUGAUGUGCGGACAAAUGAGGUGGUGGCCAUCAAGAAGAUGUCUUACAGUGGAAAACAGUCCACAGAGAAAUGGCAAGACAUAAUCAAAGAGGUGAAAUUCCUGCAGAGAAUACAACACCCAAACAGCAUAGAGUACAAAGGAUGCUACCUGCGUGAGCACACUGCCUGGCUGGUAAUGGAGUAUUGUCUAGGCUCUGCUUCAGAUUUGUUAGAAGUUCACAAGAAACCUCUGCAAGAAGUUGAAAUAGCUGCAAUCACCCAUGGUGCUCUUCAAGGGUUGGCUUAUCUUCACUCCCACAACAUGAUUCACCGAGAUAUCAAGGCAGGAAACAUCUUGCUGACAGAGCCAGGGCAAGUAAAACUAGCAGAUUUUGGUUCUGCCUCCAUUGCCUGUCCUGCCAACUCCUUUGUUGGGACUCCAUAUUGGAUGGCCCCAGAAGUAAUUUUAGCUAUGGAUGAGGGUCAGUAUGAUGGAAAGGUGGACAUUUGGUCUCUGGGAAUAACCUGCAUUGAAUUAGCUGAGAGGAAGCCUCCACUGUUCAAUAUGAAUGCAAUGAGUGCCUUAUACCACAUAGCACAGAACGAGAGCCCCAUGCUGCAGUCGAGUGAAUGGACGGAUUAUUUCCGAAACUUUGUAGAUUCUUGCCUUCAGAAAUUUCCCCAGGAUAGGCCGAACUCUGAGGAGCUCUUAAAGCAUGCAUUUGUCCAGCGUGAGCGACCAGAAUCCGUUCUAAUAGACCUGAUAAAUAGGACUAAGGAUGCAGUGCGGGAGCUGGACAAUCUGCAGUAUCGUAAAAUGAAGAAGAUCUUGUUUCAGGAAGCCCACAAUGGCCCCACAACUGAGGCACAAGAUGAAGAGGAGGAGCCAGAACACAAUGUUGGUCGGACGGGUACAGUGAACAGCGUGGGGAGCAACCAGUCCAUACCCAGCAUGUCAAUCAGUGCCAGUUCCCAAAGCAGCUCUGUCAACAGUCUAACAGAUGCAGGCGAUGACAAGAGUGAGGUGGACAUGGAGGGAGACCACACAGUCAUGUCCAACAGCUCUGUGAUACACCUCAAACCGGAGGAACAGUCAUAUAAUGAAGAGUCAGAACCUCACACCCGGCCAACUGAGCCACAGUCCCCGCCAACACACACUCCACGGCCCAAACGGAACCGCGAGCACUUUGCUACUAUACGCACAGCCUCAGUGCUCACUCGCCAGAUUAAGGAGCAUGAGCAGGAUUCUGAGUUAAGGGAGCAGAUACUGGGCUACAAGCGCAUGAGGCGGCAGCACCAGAAACAGCUGAUGGCCCUGGAAAACAAGCUGAAGGCUGAGAUGGAUGAGCACAGACUGCGCCUGGACAAAGAGCUGGAGAACCAGAGGAAUAGCUUUGCCCAGGAGAUGGAGAAACUGAUCAAGAAGCACCAGGCGUCCAUGGAGAAAGAUGCAAAAACAUUUAGCAAUGAUGAAAAGAAGUUCCAACAACAUAUUCAGAGUCAGCAGAAGAAAGAGCUCAACAGCUUCCUAGAAUCCCAGAAACGGGAGUACAAACUUCGCAAGGAACAACUCAAAGAGGAGUUGAAUGAAAACCAGUCAACACCCAAGAAAGAAAAGCAGGAGUGGUUGUCCAAGCAGAAGGAAAACUUCCAACACUACCAAGCAGAGGAAGAGGCCAACUUACAGCGCAGACAGCGGCAGUAUCUGGAGCUGGAAUGCCGCAGGUUCAAACGGAGGAUCUUGAUUGCUCGCCACAAUAUUGAACAGGACUUGGUGCGAGAGGAGCUGAACAAGCGUCAGACCCAGAAGGACUUGGAACAUGCCAUGCUUCUGCGGCACCAUGAGUCCAUGCAAGAGCUGGAGUUCCGCCAGCUCAAUACCAUCCAAAAAACGCGGGCUGAGCUGAUCCGCCUGCAGCACCAGACAGAGCUCACCAAUCAGCAGGAGUACAACAAGAGGAGGGAGAGGGAACUUCGACGUAAACACGUUAUGGAGGUUCGCCAGCAACCCAAGAGCCUCAAGUCCAAAGAGCUACAGAUCAAGAAGCAGUUCCAGGACACAUGUAAGAUCCAGACCAGGCAGUACAAAGCACUGAGGAACCAUCUGUUGGAGACCACACCAAAGUCAGAGCACAAGGCUGUCCUUAAACGGCUGAAGCAGGAGCAGCACCGCAAACUUGCCAUCUUGGCAGAGCAGUAUGACCACUCCAUCAAUGAGAUGCUUUCCACUCAGGCGCUACGUCUGGAUGAGACUCAGGAGGCCCAGUGCCAAGGCCUACGAAUGCAGCUACAGCAGGAGCUGGAGCUUCUCAACGCCUACCAGAGCAAGAUCAAGAUGCAGACAGAUGCCCAGCAUGACCGCGAGAGGAAGGACCUGGAGCAGAGGGUGUCACUCCGAAGGGCCCUGCUGGAACAGAAGAUUGAGGAGGAGAUGAUGUCUUUGCAGAAUGAGCGCUUGGAGCGAAUCCGGAGCUUGCUUGAACGCCAAGCCAGAGAAGUCGAAGCUUUUGACUCGGAAAGUAUGCGUCUGGGCUUCAGCAACAUGGUGCUAUCAAACAUCUCCCCAGAGGCCCUCAGCCACAGCUUUCCCGGGGCUUCAGGAAGCUGGAGUCACCAUCAGCAACACCCAUCUGCGAGCGCUCAAGGGCCACACUGGGGCAGUGGCAAUCUGGGCGCAGGGUCGAGUCACCAAGGCGGCCAUCACCACUAUCACUCCAGUCCGGGAGGGGCACCUAUGCAGCAUGGCUGGGGGCAGGGCAUGCAGGGAGGUGGGGGUCCAUCACCAUGGGGCCAUCCAUCAGCAGUCUCCCGCAGCAGUGGAGGUGUACAGAACAGCCCCCAAGCAAUGGGGAGGACACCCUCAGGAGGGCGCAGUGAGCAGGGCAUGAGCAGGAGUACCAGUGUCACCUCUCAGAUAUCUAACGGGUCACACCUCUCCUACACAUAGAUCCCCUGUCAGCCCCGGAGUCAGAGGUUGAGUGUGGUGGAGAUGUAGAAUCCAACAAACACAGCAGGACAGAGUAUUGGCUGCUCUGUCUCUCUCUGCGACACUUGGCCUCCGAUUCCCCCGUGUACAGAUGUGGAUGUGUGAUGAAAUAAAUGUUGCUCAGGUCAAAAGGGCUGGAAGAGAUGCAGCCCGUCCUCACGGCAGUUUAUCGGCACACAUACAGAUCCUUAAAUUUAUGUUACAUAAGCAGUUUGAGUGUCAACACAUAAUACUCCCAUUUGUUUUUAUUUACAGCUCUCCUUCGGAAUUAAAAAAAAAAAAUGUUUCGUGCUAUUCACAGCCAUUGCUCUCAUUUUGCACAUGAAACACUGUUAAAAAGCCUUUGACGUGGGUUAACUAUGUCCUUAGAAAUGUGGUAUCAAACAAUCACGGUCAACCGAUUUUCUUAUUCAGCACUCCCCCUUCUUCAUUCUGCCGAUUCAUGUUCAGGUAGACACUGGUCGAUUCUUUGACGGUGGUUGAAAAUGCAGCAGACCUGACUCGAGAUGCUUGGCUGUUGUGAUACGAGCCUGCUGUAAUGGUCAUUAUGUUAAAUUAGAUGCUUCUUUAUUCAGUAGUUUUUCUUCACCUGAGUUCCAGGUCAUCAGCCAAAAUGAGACAUUACAAAUUCAGAGCCAAAUAAACUGAUAUUAACAGGCUUAUGCUACAACACUACUAUAGUGCCUUUUAACCUUUGAUUACAGAAAUCAGUCUCAGAUGUUUAUAGUUUUACAUUUUACACUUCACUAUCACUUUAAAAUUGGUGCCAGUGUAUGUUUUGUUCAGUCUAUUUUAACACCUGUGAUUUUAGUUCCAGAGGUCCCACAUACUUUUCUCAGAUUAUUACAUUCACUGUGUAUGCAGUAAAGUUGGUUUUAGUCUUAUAAAUGGUGAGAUAUAGUAUAAAAUUACUUGUGUAUAUUAGUGACUAUAUCUUUAGGGCUUUAGAAUGGUGGUCGCACAUGUUGCAGAGAAUGUCAUUGUACACAUUCACAGGAGGAAUUGUGAAGGGGAAAAACUAAUUUGCCUUCAAAAACAAUCCCAGUAUUGAUCUGUUCAUUUUUAUUAGUGCCUUUUUAAAACUGCUGCCUUUUCCAAAGCACUUUAUACAGCUAAAUAUGUGUAAGAUUAAUAUUUGACUUCUUUUCGCAAAGCACCUGGUGGAUGAGUGUUUUGUCGGUACAUAUGUCGUUGAGUUGAGGAGUCAAGCUAGCCUGUGCUGUGAUUUUUAGGAGCAAGUUCCCAAGUACAUACAAGGCCAAAUGUAUAUCAACACACAGUAUGUGACUGAACGCAUUUCCCCACUUGCUGCAGCUUUUACUGUUGGGGAAACUGUGGCUGUUGUUGGUUAUUUCCUCUGUGUGUAUGUGCUGAAUUUUGAUUGAAUAGAAGAUGUGAGGAUGCUGCAGUCUUUUUACAUAUGGUCCAGCUACAGUUUCCAUAAAACAAACUGAACUGAGUUAGCGGAAAAGAGUCCAUUGUGUGCAGGCAGAUAGCUUUAGGUAAUUGUCAUGACCAUGACAGCAGGCUUGGCACUACAAGGAAAACUACACUUUUAAAAUUUUGGGGCCCAGUUAAGUAAUAACACUAAAAAUUUAAAAGGGGCGAGGUUAGAAAUGUUUCACCAUCUCAUCAGAACCCAAGAACAAGGGUGACUGAAUCAAGCACAUGCUCGCAUGAUGUCAUUGCUGCAUAUACAUGUAAAUGUAAAUUGAGUCAAUGCACACUCUGUGAAAUACAGCCAAAUACAAACAUAAAUGUGGCAAAAAGCACUUAGGUAUUCCUUUGAUAGCUCUUGCAGCUCCUCUAAUAGUAUCUGUUUCUGUUCGAUCCCUUCUUUCUGAUUUGUGGUUGAAAUAUCAUCGGAGAAGUCGGUGCCCUUCUAGUGUUUUAUUAGCCUCUGUUCAAGUUAGGCUUUCCAUUUCCAUACACAGAAUUUAAAACACUUUGUUGAAAAGGCCUUUAGAGAUGAUGAUCCAGAGAUAGCUAGGAUAUAAACUCCCCUGAAUCACAAAGCUGGAGUUAAGUGUUCAUACGUGUAUAUUUUAUUAAAGAAAACAUUUAAAGACUAAACUCACAUUUUAAGAAAAUAAUUUUAAAACUAACUUUAUUUAACUGACGGACCACACUGAUAGCAAACUGUUCACUCUCAAAGUGAAAGUGGUGUUGCGUCGUCUGGACAUAGCUCAUUGGAAGACGUUCUUGGUUUUGUGUACACAGACAGAAUUCCUCAUAUGCAUGUAUUUGCUGUCAUCUCCUUUGAAUGCCAUUUAUUCGAGUUCGUUCUCCUCCGCUGCACCUUUUGUCCCCGUUCCACUUUGAUUCAGAGCCACCUUCUCAGAUGCUGGCCCUUUCUGAAUGUCAAAUUGUGAUAUGUUUAUAUCACACUUGAGGACACAAAAAAAUGCUGGGGUCUUUUUCUUAAACAGGUGGGAUUUUAAUUUUCUACAUGUAUAUAAUCCUACCUAGAAAGUAUGCAUUAUAUGACUUUACAUAUGGUUUGGUCCCAGAACUCAUUCAUUUUUUUUAACUCCAAGUACUAGUUGCAGCAACUGUAACACAGCAGGUUUAUUCGGAAUUUGUUUUCUGGUUUAAUUGAUAUUUGGUAAAGAAAAGGGGAAUGUAUUUAUCAUGAUCGGAAUCUUACCUUAAGUCAAAAGCCAAGGCCAAGAGUUUGAAUGUUAGGCCAAUCAAACCUCACAUACAUGCCAACCUUAAGUUUGUAUGCACAAUUUUUGUUCACUUUUAUGUCAGUGUUGUGUGUGAGGGAGUCUGGAUAUUGUUUUCAAUCAUUGUCAGUCGUAAGACCUUUCCACCACCUGGAUUUUAUUUUAUAUUUUAAGUUUUUUUUUUUUUAAGCUUAAACUUUGAUGUCAAAUUUUGUCCUACUGACUGAAAGCAUGUGGGAUACUGAGUGAGAAUCGGCAACAGAAAAUGGUGAUCCUUUCUAUGGUCAAACACUGUGCCAUACCUGAGUUGCCAAGACCAGAUACCACUGCAUUGUCUCAUCUCCAUGGUUUUUCAUUGGACUGAGGGCAUGAAAUGUAUGAAACAAAAAAGCAAGUUGGUUCUGGUCUAGUGGCCAAAGUAAAAAGGCUUGAAAAGAUGAUGUGGUGACAGGCAAAUUAUGAAAAGAGAUAGCAUUUCUUUGAAGAUGUCAGUAUUCUUCUUUGGCACAUUACCACUACAACUCAUAACCUGUAUUAAACUGUAUAGAUGGUGGAACAUGUUAUUGAAUGUCAGAGAGAUUAUGAAGAUACUACAUAAGAGAUGGUAAAGUACUAAAAGUGGAUUUAAAUUGUGUAAAAAGAUUCAUGAAACAGAAUAAAAAUAGGAUCAAAUUUACUAUUUUGUUUGUAUUAUAUUUACCAUUGUGUUGGCAGAGGGAUAUUGAACAGAAAUCAGCUGUAAUAAAGUAAUUUUA